CGCUGUUUGCUUCCAGUAAAAGGCGGAGUCUGGAUCUCUCCGGGUGUUUGUCGAUGGAGCCACGUAAUUAAUUUAUUUUGAAAAAAAACUUUAUUUUCCCCAGGAUGAAAUCGCAGUUGCUUUUGCUUCUGUUCGUGGUGUUUCUUCUGGACACAGCCACCUGCGUGAGUAAGAAAAAGCGAGGCCCAAAGGUAACAGCCAAGAAAGAAGAACAUGAAGGAGUGGUGCAGAAGAUUGUUCGCCCCUUUCGGCUUUUGGCAAAUCAAACACCAUUACAUCACGUAUUCUUCGAUAUUCAAAUCGGUGGUAAAGAUGUUGGAAGGAUCAUUAUUGGUUUAUUCGGUAAAGUUGUUCCAUUGACAGUAGACAACUUUAUCACCCUAGCGACUGGCGAGAAAGGGUUUGGUUACAAAGGCAGCACGUUCCAUCGUGUUAUUAAGGAUUUCUUGAUACAGGGCGGAGAUAUUACUUCAAGAAGUGGAAAAGGAGGAAAAAGCAUCUAUGGAGAUAUUUUUCCUGAUGAAAACUUCAAACUGAAACACUAUGGAGUUGGAUGGGUCAGCAUGGCUAAUUCAGGACCAGAUACUAAUGGCUCCCAGUUUUUUAUUUCACUGACAAAACCAAAGUGGCUAGAUGGAAAGCAUGUGGUGUUUGGAAAGGUCAUAUCUGGAAUGCCUGUGGUACACACGAUAGAACUCCAGGAAACAAACAGUGAAAACCUACCUCUUCAAGACUGUGUGAUUGUAAAUAGUGGCAAGAUAGACGUGAAGGAACCUUUUGUGGUUGAAGUAAACAGCGAUGAGUAGAUAGCAGACUAGUGUCACUCAGGAACAACAGAGGAUAUGAGAGCAUGACAGGUUUUGUACAUUUUUAUGAGUGACAUACCAAAGCAUGAUUCUACUUUUUCUUUUGGACUUCUCGAGCAAGGAUUGACUUGUACAUUUUGAAGAUUAUUUACAACAUAAUGAUACAGAUAUGGGCGCAUGGAGCAUCUCUUUCUCUGUAAGAAGCUUCCCUGAAUGUGGAGCUGUGAAGAGCAAAAGCUAGCCUGUGACAAAAUGUUAAGGCCCCAAUUUGCUGCAAACCCAUCCCCAAUCACUGUGACUUCACCUCUGGUUCCACCCCUUUACCCGACAGAUGAUAUGGAGUUAGUAGUGGCAUAACCAUUGACUCCCUGAGGGCUCACAUCCCAUACUAGCUGUUAAAAUCAGGCCUGAGGCCCAAUAUUGGUACAAUGUUAGACCUUAAUGUUCAGGUGCAGGGAAUGCAUAAAUUGGGGAUACAUUUAAAGAUAAUGAGUCAUAGAGCAUAGGGAUAUACAGCAUGGAAACCGACCCUUCAGUCCAACUUGUCCAUGCCACCAGAUAUCCCAACCCAAUCUAGUCCCACCUGCCAGUACCCAGCCCAUAUCCCUUCAAACCCUUUCUAUUCAUACACCCAUCCAGAUGCCUUUUAAAUGUUGCAGUUGUACCAGCCUCCACCACUUCCUCUGGCAGCUCAUUCCAUACACGUACUACCCUUUGUAUGAAAAAGUUGCCCUUUAGGUCUCUUUUAUAUCUUUCCCCUCUCACCCUAUGCCCUCUAGUUCUGGACUUGCCCACCCCAGGAAAAAGACUUUUGUCUAUUUAUCCUAUCCAUGCCCCUCAUGAUUUUAUGAACCUCUAUAAGGUCACCCCUCAGCCUCUGACGCUCCAGGGAAAACAACCCUAGCCUAUUCAACCUCUCCCUAUAGCUCAAAUCCUCCAACCCUGGCAACAUCCUUGUCAAUCUUUUCUGAACUCUUUCAAGUUUCACAACAUCUUUCCAAUAGGAAGAAGACCAGAAUUGCAUGCAACAUUCCAACAGUGGUCUAACCAAUGUCCUGUACAGCCGCAACAUGACCUCCCAACUCCUGUACUCAAUACUCUGACCAAUAAAGGAAAGCAUACCAAACACCUUCUUCACCACCCUAUCUACCUGCGACUCCACUUUCAAGGAGCUAUGAACCUGCACUCCAAGUUCUCGUUGUUCAGCAACACUCCCUAGGACCUUACCUUUAAGUGUAUAAGCCCUGCUAAGAUUUGCUUUCCCAAAAUGCAGCACCUCACAUUUAUCUGAAUUAAACUCCAUCUGCCACUUCUCAGCCCAUUGGCCCAUCUGGUCCAGAUCCUGUUGUAAUCUGAGGUAACCCUCUUCGCUGUCCAUUACACUUCCAAUUAUGGUGUCAUCUGCAAACUUACUAACUGUACCUCUUAUGCUCGCAUCCAAAUCAUUUAUGUAAAUGACAAAAAGUAGAGGACCCAGCAUCGAUCAUUGAGGCACUCCACUGGCUACAGGCCUCCAAUCUGAAAAACAACCCUCCACCACCACCCUCUGACUUCUACCUUUGAGCCAAUUCUGUAUCCAAAUGGUGAGUUCUCCUUGUGUUCCAUAAGAUCUAACCUUGCUCACCAGUCUGCCAUGGGGAACCUUGUCAAAAGCCUUACUGAAGUCCAUAUAGAUCACAUCUACUGCUCUGCCCUCAUUAAUCCUCUUUGUUACCUCUUCAAAAAACUCAUUUUGUGAGACAUGAUUUCCCACGCAUAAAGCCAUGUUGACAAUUUCUAAUCAGUCCUUGCCUUUGCAAAUACAUGUACAUCCUGUCCCUCAUGAUUCCCUCCAACAACUUGCCCACCACCGACGUCAGGCUCACUAGUCUAUAAUUCACUGGCUUGCCCUUACCACCUUUCCUUAACAGUGGCACCAUGUUAGCCAACCUCCAGUCUUCCGGCACCUCACCUGUGACUAUCGAUGAUACAAAUAUCUCAGUAAGAGACCCAGCAAUAACUUCUCUAGCUUCCCACAUAUUUCUGGGGUACACCUGAUCAGGUCCUGGGGAUUGUGUUUCAAGAUAUCCAGCACUUCUUCCUCUGUAAUAUGGAUAUUUUUCAAGAUGUCACCAUCUAUUUCCCUGCAUUCUAUAUCUUCCAUGUCCUUUUCCACAGUAAACACUGAAGCAAAAUACUCGUUUAGUAUCUGCCCCAUCUCCUGCGGCUCCACACAAAGGCCACCUUGCUUAUCUUUGAGGAGCCCUAUUCUCUCCCUCAUUACCCUUUUGUCCUUAAUGUAUUGUUAAACACCCUUUGGAUUCUCCUUAACUCUAUUUGCCAAAGCUAUCACAUGUCUCUUUUUUGCCCUCCCGAUUUCUGUCUUAAGUAUACUCCGACUAGUCUUCUUAGGAUUCACUCGAUCUAUCCUGUCUAUACCUGAUAUAUGCUUCCAUCUUUUUCUGAACUAAACCCUCAAUUUCUUCAGUUAUCCAGCAUUCCCUAUACCUACCAGUCUUUUCUUUCACCCAAACAGGAAUUUACUUUCUCUGGAGUCUUGUUACCUAAUUUCUGAAGGCUUCCCAUUUUCCAGUCUUCCCUUUACCUGCGAAUAUCUGCGCCCAAUCAGCUUUUGAAAGUCCUGGCCUAAUACCAUCAAAAUUGGCCUUCCUCCAAUAUAGAACUGUUAGUAUCGAUGAAAUUACAGAACUAUUCAAUGCUGUUUAGAUUAUUUGCAAUGCUCUUUACUUUGUUCCAGUUAAGCUUUUAUAAAAAUGAUGAUUCACAAAGGCAAAUGUGCUACUUGUAUCAUGUCUAUUAAAGUUAUAUUUGCAACCUAACAGAUAAUUUACAAUGAUGAAAUUUAUUAGCAGCCAAAAGAGUUACAUUAUUUUAAUUUUUACUUAAUUAUUUUAAUCAAAAAUGCUACUUGAGUGGAAACAUCCAUGGACCUUUGGCCACCUAAGAGGACAAGGGAAGAAAUACAUAGCAACAUCACAACCUGCACUUACCAUCUUGGCUUUGUAUACUAUGAUCUGCCUGUACUGCAUACACAACAAAUCUUAUCACUGUACCUAGGUGCACAUGACAAUAAUAAAUCAAAUCAAAUCAAAA